UCUACGUUGUACAAUAAUUAUUUGCUUCAAUGUUAUAAAAAGGGAAAAAUACCAAACAAUGGAGAUUAAUUCCUUUUUCUUUGGAUUUUUUGUCAUUGUGUUGGUUAACUCGGAAAACACAAACAUCGAGAAAUCUCAGGAUGGCAUGAAAAAGGUUUUCAACAGAAACUUUUUAGAGGAUAUAAAACAUUUAAGUAAACUUAAGGAUAAUGGCGCAAGAGACAUAAUUUCUGAGAUAUCAAAUGACAACGACAAGAACGACAACACAUAUCCUAAGGAGAAAAGUGGCAUGGAUAAAUCAGAUAUUAUCACAAAACUAGGCAGAUUGAGCAAAGAGGUAAUUAAACAAAGAAAUGUGAAAGUUAUUCAUAGUAACAAGACUGAUGCAUACCACGAAAUAAAAACAGAAACAGGUCGGAAAAUAAGUUCAGGAUCAGUAAGAGACGAUGUUAAAAAUAGCGACCGUGGUGUAAAUAAAAAGACAACUAUAACAGACAACAUAGAGAAAGAUCGAGAGGUAAAAACGGUUCAAGAAGAAACUAAAGAAACUAAAACUGGAGAUACUAUAGAGAAAGUCCAUGUGAUAACUACAGAGAAAGAUCUUAAAGUAAAACCAAAGACAGAUCAGGAGGAAAAUAAAGAGACACGUCUAGAGAAAAAUACAGAUUCAGAUCGGGGGGACAAUAAAGAACAGGACAGACAAGAAGAAAAUAGAAAUACAGGUUUUGAAGAAUCUGAAGACAUACGCAAUGAGGAGAUAAUCAAAGAAACUGGUCGUGGAAAUGCAAAGGACGUGGAUCAAAAGAACUCUGAGGAUACGGGUAAAGAGGGAAUUAAAGACACAGGACGUGAGACAGCUGAAGAGACUUAUCAAAAAUAUACUAAAAAAGAAGAUGACGGGAAAAAAGAUUUAAGUCGAAAAGAAAGUGAAUAUUCAGAUGAUGAAAUGUAUAAGAAAGUAAAAUUUAGAAAUAAAACCGAUAAUUCUCAUACUACAAAACAUAAUUUACCUGUUCGUAUUCAUGACACCAAAGGUAAAUUUGCCGAUAACAACGAUCAAAAAAUGAAAAGUAAAGAUAAUAUUUUAAAUACAGAUGAUAAAAAAGAUAUUCAAAACCUGUUUGAAAAGGAUACUAUAAAGACUGACAGUCACGCAUACAAACCUAUAAAAGAUAAACUGACGCAUAAUAAGGAGAUUAAUGAAAAUCUAAAACACAACUUAGAGGAAACCUUAGAUAUUACAUUCAAACCUCAUUUUGACGAAAGUGAAUUUAAAGGAUCCGACAAAGGAAAGUUACAUGACAAAAAACAGAAAACUUCAAAAGAUAAAGAAACAGUAGAAGGGGAAAUAAGCACCAUUCGAGAUAAGAUGGAGGAAGAGAAGAACGUACCGAAACAGUCUAUCAAAGCUUAUACUGUUAUUGAAGAGAAAAUUAGCAGCACAUCUGGUAAUCAUCUAACAAGACUUAGUAGUAUUUCUGAUAGAAUAUCAACCUUAGCAUCAUCAAAAUAUAAUUUAACAAAAGUGCACAAAGGUGUCCCUAAAGACAAUUAUGGCUUUUUCACAAUAGAUAAUCAUAGAACAAACAAUGAUGAAUUUGAUAAUUUGACAACUUUGCCAAAACCUAGACCUGUUGCCAAAGAGUCAGUGUUACAUAAAGUUACAAGUAAUUUGUUACCAUCUCAAAUGUCAGCAAAGAGCAAAAUCACUCAUGAUGUUGAAGUUAGUAAAACACCCAAACGAGAAAAUGUCGUUUUAUCAUGGACUACUGAUUCUGUACAAACUAGAACGGAAUCAAGAUCUUUGGAGCAAAAUCUUUUUUCUUCAACUAAAGUUGAGAAAAAGGAAAGUAUCACUAAGACAAAAAUGAUGGAUAUUGCCGGAAUGUCAAAGAAACGAUAUCCGACUAAAACUACUGGACCAUCUGCUAAAUCGUCAACGAAUAGUAAACAUUCCAGUACAAUUCCUUCGGUUCUCAGUUUUGAAAAUAAAGAUUCAAACUCAGCUAGGAUUUCAAAUUCGAAAUUCAUUGAUAAUCAAAUGAGCGCUGCAGGAAAUUUUAAAGAGACGGAAAGUGAAAGAGCAUUAAAUAAAGUACCUAAAACAGAUUUUGAAAACAACUAUGCAGAAAAGUCAUCAUCUGGACCGUGUCAAGCCGGGUUAGAUCCAUCUGUACAAUAUACAGGAUCUGCACUGGUAGCGGCAGCAGUUGGUGGUGUGUUCAUUGGAGCAUUUGCUGUUCUGAUAUUGCUUCAUCUGAAACAAAAGUGUAGAAAAUAUGUAAAUGGUGAUUAUAGGCGUGUACCAAUGGAAUAUGACUUUGAAUUAAAUCCUAGAUUUAAAAAUAAUUAAUUGAUGUAUAAUGUAAUGUAGUGUCAUGUGGUGUUUUGCAAUAUUUAUAAUAGCUCAUUUGUGUAUGCUACAUGUAUAUAUCUAUGAAGUGCCUUUUAUAUAUCAAUGUUGUCACGAGUUUAAAUUGUUAACAAAAGAUGAUAAAAAAGAAAACAACACCUACUUAACAACUAAAUUUUUGGGGUGUGAGGUGUUGUGGUGUCAAGUGUCGUUUUUCAAUUAAUCAGUCUUCACAUGCGAUUUAAUAUUUAAGUGAGGUAGACAGACAUUUACAAGAAAAUGCAUCGAUCUGUACUAUUGUCUGAAUGACCGAUGGUCAGUUAUUACCAGAACACCAUUGAAUUUACAUAAAUUCCAUUGUAACUACAAAAGUACAAAUGUAUAUGUUUACAUGUCAAAGCAUUCUAUCAGACAGGUAUCUUACAG